CCAUGAUCAUUAUUUCAGAAUUACUGUAAUAUCAGCAAAAUCAUAUAGAGUUGCCGGAGUCAUUGUUUAAGUUGAGGUAUGGGUUUUGUGUAUUAGAAGUGACACGUCACGAGUUCAAGUCCGUAAAGGUUUUGCUUGCUGAAUGGGAAGUGCAGAUGCCUGCUUAAUUGACCGCAAGUGAGCUAUUGGAUGCUCACCUACACAAAAAGUAUUGCAGCAGAGGCAGCAUGAGGGGGAAGAAUGGGUCAAGAUGGUGGCCUCGGAUUCUAUCGUAUACAGGUUACUCUCCAGUAUCAGACCAACACAAAUUAAUAACAAAAGACGUAGAAAACAUUUUGCCGGAAGAACCAAAGAAGUCAAAGUUUGGUGAACGUCAUGUCUUAAUAACUUUGCUGUUCUUUGGAUUUGCGGUUGUGUAUGCCAUGAGAGUCAACUUGUCUGUAGCCAUAGUUGCCAUGGUUAAGAAUCGCCCUCAUACCAAGAAAGUCUCACAGGAGUAUGAUGACACCUGCCCUCUCCCAGCAACUCAGAAAUCAAAAGAUGCAGCUAUGGAGACAAACGGGGAAUUUGAUUGGGAUGAGCAGACUCAGGGAAUGGUGCUUGGUUGUUUCUUCUAUGGGUAUCUCCUGACGAAUUACAUAGGCGGCAGAUUAGCAGAGAGGUUUGGAGGGAGGUUGGUGUAUGGUCUUGGAGUGACCCUCACUGCUGCCUUCACUGUCAUCUCCCCUUAUGCUGCAAGACACUCAACCAGUGCUUUUGUCUUCAUUAGAAUACUUGAAGGAAUGACAGAGGGUGUGACAUUUCCGGCAAUGAAUGUCAUGAUGUCGUAUUGGAUUCCACCUCAAGAAAGGGCACGCUCACUUACACAAAGUGUUGGGGGUUGCCAGUUUGGAACAGUGGUGACUCUCUCAAUUAGCGGCUGGCUCUCGCAGACGGAAUGGGGCUGGCCAUCUGUGUUUUACUUGUUUGGCGUGCUUGGUCUGGUGUGGGGCUGGUUCUGGUUCAGAUAUGCCUAUGACUCUCCGGAUCAGCACCCACGUAUCACAGCAGCCGAGAAGUUGUUUAUCAAGCAGGGUAUUGGAGACCAUAGGAAGAGUGAGAGUCUUCCAGUCCCUUGGCACUCCAUGCUGACCUCGACCCCCUUCUUGGUGGUCAUGGUGACCCACGUAGGCAACAACUGGGGCUUUUACUGCCUGCUCACGGAACUCCCAACCUAUCUGAAAAACAUGCAGCAUUAUGACAUGAAAGAGAAUGGUGUUGUGUCAGCUUUACCUUAUUUGCUGAUGUGGAUGUUUAGUUUAAGCUAUUCGAGAUACAUGGAUCAUCUGCUGGAGAAACAGGUCUUGUCAACAAGACAAAUAAGAAGGCUGUCAAUGAUCAUUGGGAACUACAUUCCAAUGAUCGCUGUUUUGCUUGUGCCUUGGGCUGGUUGUGAUGGCAGAUUAGCUGUUGCACUAAUCUGCCUGGCUGUUGGAGCAACUGGUGCUACCUUUUGUGGCUUCCAUUGUGCAUUCCAGGAACUAGCACCAAACUUUGCUGGUACUUUAACUGGAAUAUCCAACACACUUGCAACUAUCCCAGGAUUUUUAGCUCCUGAGGUUACAGGAGCUAUAAUAAAUAACCAGCAAACUUUAAGUAGAUGGAAAGAAGUGUUUCAGCUGGUGUCUAUUGUAUACUUCAUUGUGUGCACUCUCUAUCUCAUCUUUAUGUCACCUGAAGUUCAGCCAUGGAAUGAAGGGCAUACUGAGAAACGAUAUAAGUGGUUUGGCAGAAAGCACGUCAAACUUUAGUGGUCACUCACUCUCUCUUUGUCUGCGAGAUCAACAACCAAGGAGGUUGCAUGAGUAAGGGCAAGAACGUAUCCUACUUUACAAUGGCAAAUUAGGGGAGAACGCAGUAUUUACUGUUUCAGUUGGAAAAUUUCUCUCACUUUCUUUGGUAUAUUUUGAGUAAGACUAUUUACAGGUCCAGGCGGCUUGAGAAGAUAUUGCU